AUGAGAUUAUUUGAAAGGGUAGUUUAUAAACAGGAGAUUGCGUCUGCAUUCAAAUCCGUGAUCGGACGAGAUCAAUUUGCUUAUAAAGAGGGAACAAAUACUACCGAUGCUCUGAUUAUGUGUUUGCAUCAUUGGCUCAAGUGGCUGGAUGAAGGUGCAUACUCUGUUAGGGUAAUAUCAUUUGACUAUAAGAAAGCGUUUGACUCGGUAUCUCAUAACAUUAUUUGUGAAAAAUUGAAAACACUCGAAAUUAACCCGUAUACUAUAAACUGGAUUAUUAGUUUUCUGGCCAACAGAAAACAAAGAGUUGUUGUUGAUGGCAUAGAAACUGUUUAUGUUGAUAUUGACAAAGGCGUACCGCAGGGUACGGUUUUGGAUCCCUUUCUAUUUUCGUUGAUGGUUAAUGAUAUAAAACCCAUGGAUGCGCAAAACAACCUAUUGGUUAAAUUUGCUUAUGAUAUAACAACAAGUGCUCCAGUAAAAUCAGGAUCGGAUUCUGCUGAGGCUGAGGUGGAAAGCAUUCAGAAUUGGUCGGAAGCAAAUCAAAUGACAUUAAAUAUUUCUAAAACGUGGGAAAUGGUUGUGCACGGUGGGUCUAUGAAACCGUUACCGGCACCGAUUGUAGGCAUUGAACAAAAGAGCUGGUUGAAAUUAUUAGGUGUCACAUUUCAGGAAAAUCCAUGUUGCUGGGAUCUUCAUAUCGAUGAUCUUCUGUCGAAGGCUAGUGGGCGUAUGUACAUAUUGAGAGUGUGUAGAUGCUAUAUGGUUACUCUGCAGAUCAGCUAAGCAAAUUAUUCGAUUCGCUAAUCAUGUCACUCUUUUACUAUUGCAUUGAAGUGUGGGGCUCUGCACUCCAAAAGAAAUAUUUGGAUCGUAUAGACAAGUUUUUCCGGCGGGCUUAUCGUUAUGGAUAUACGACAAAGAGUAUUAAGAUAUCUGAAGUGAUCGAGGAGAGAGACAGAAAAUUAUUUAGCAAAAUCGUAUCGAAUCCAGAACAUGCCCUACAUGAAUUGCUUCCUGUGUGUAAACAAAGGAUUUUAAGACAAAGGGAACAUAACUUUAUUUUACCUCAAAUUAAAAUGGAACGAUUUAAACGAUCCUUCAUAAAUAGAUGUCUUUUUAACUAUUUUUAACUUUCAUAUAAUUAAUUAGGAUAGGUCAAUUUUUUAACUGUAAUAAAUAGGAAUUUGAUAUUUGUAAAGUUGCACGUCUGUUGUGACUCUAGACAUUAAAGACUUUGAUAAUAACUCAGCAAAAUUCACUUACACUCCCCUCCCCCAUUCAAAGAGGUCCCCUGGUUGCAUCCCCAUCAGUUCGAAGUUUCUAUGGUUUGAACUAUUUUCUGCUGAAGCAUGUUGUUGUACAAUAUUUAGGAAACUUAGGUUUUAUUAUUAUCAAGUAAUCAUUGAAUACAUACUGUAUGCCAUUAAAAACAGGCAAUCAGACAGAUAUUUGGUAUGGUAAACUGACCAAUUAAAUAUUAAAAUACUUGCUCCACAUGUCAUAUUUCAGGUUAGAAAAGUCACUCUUAUGCCUGGCCAUGGAAUUGGACCUGAAAUUUCUGAUGCCGUAAAAGAUGUUUUCAGUGCCGCCGAGGUAGGGAAUUUCUAUACAGGUGUAUGUACCACAGAAUACCACGGUACCACAGAAUACCAGUCUUAUUUAUUUCUUAUAUAAAAUUUGAAGGAAACUGCUAUAAACUUUAUAUUUGUGAUUAUAUAUUAGUUUUAGUCUUAAUUGACAUAUAAAAACAAAAAAUGUAUAUUUUCUUAAAAAUAAUAAGGAUUAAACAAAAAGUAACAUUUAUAUUUUUGGUACUUUUUUUCGCAUAAUGCCUAUAAAAUCCGAAUGUUUAAAAAUAAGUUCGCAAACCAGCAUAAUUUAUGUUGAUCAAUACUUUUUCUAUGCAAUGCAGCAUUUUUACUACACUGGAAUCACACAGUGUAAUCAAUUUUACCAUUGAAAAACUGAAUUUUUCAAAAAUAUUGAUAAACCUGGUAUUCUUUGGUUAUACCAUUGGUAUUCUGUACUGAUCUUAGUGUUUAACUUUCACUAAAUUAAGUUAGCAAUAUCCCACAGUAUUAUCAUACAACAUGACACACCAAAUCCUGGUACAAUUCGAUAAACUGUUGCUUACUGCACUGGUAUUCUGUCAGUGGUACAUUGGAUUUUUUCCACAGAAUAUUCAUUUAAAAAUAAAAUAAUUGCUAUGAAAUCUUGCCCCAAAACCCCCAGGAAGAAAAAAUAUAUCGAUAGACUAUACUAAAAAAUAUUAAGGAACCAUAUUAUAUACAUUAGACAAAAGAUAUGGAACAUGUAAAUUUUGGUGGUAUUCUGUGGUACAUAUACACCUGUAGCACACAUUUAUAUGUGGAUAUGAUCAAUUGCGCUUCACAGUUUACAGUACACCAAGUAUUACACUUACCUAGCCACACACUUUACCUGGACUAUUUUUAUCUUUACAACAAUUGUGAUAUUAAUUUUUUAACUGUGUUUAUCCUAACCCACCCUGUCAACUUUCCCUGUGGGGGGAAACCGGAGCACCCGGAGAAAACGAACGACUUUCGGCAGAGCGUUGACGGACUCUUUUCACAUGAGUUUGUAGCGAGAAUCAAACCCACAAUCUCUGAGGUGAAAGGCGCUUCUCAACCUUCUACCCAGGGUCUUGGGGGACCCUGGUAGACGCUGGUCACGUGAUCUGCAGAUUUUUAAUUGGCAAUCCAAGAUGAGGUCAAUAAAUAUUUGAUAUUUGGAUAAUUUUUGUAGUUUAAUUUAUAUUUUGUAUGAUUGUCGUAAAGGAAUCCAAGAUAGUUAAUUUGAAAUCUGCUAGAUUUUAGCAGAUCAUGUGACCAGCGUCUACCUGGGUCUUUUCUCGCAAAGAGGAAAGAGCCUGGGUACGAGGUUGGGCGCUUCUCUGACAACUACGCCACCAGAGUGAAUAGAAUUAGCCUUUCUCCAAAAGAGAUCACAGUGCAUUCUGGGAUUGUUUGGAGGGACAAAAUAUAUGGUCAUCACAGAGGUAUCUACCAUCAGAUAUCAACUUUUUAGACAACCAAAAAUGAAAUAUCAAAUAUCUUCUUUUUACAUUAAAAAUUUAAUUUAAAUGCGUGCUGCCAUAUUUCUUGUCCCUCCAACAUGGGAUUCGCGCGACUAGACCCAGGACUUUGGGAAAUGGCUAAUUAGUAAAUGUACACACAGGGUGAAAAAAUGGACUGGGACAAUUGCGCACCUGACAUUAAUAUGGUGUGUGAUAUCCCAUGUGCCGAUACAAAUGCACAUGGCCAGGCUUGUUCAGUUUAUUAUUUGUUUUAAAUACGAGCAUGAACUUUCUGUCAAUUCUUCAAGGUUCCAAUAGCAUGGGAAGAGGUGAAUGUGGAGCCUAUCAUCUUGCCAAGUGGAAAAACCACUGUUCCACCACAAGUUAUAAAAUCAAUCAACCAAAACAAAGUUGGAUUGAAAGGUACACAAAAUGCAUGUGCAGUCUUAUAUGAUGAAUGACAAAGGGAAAUCAAGGGGUGGGGUACUCUAGGUAGAAGUUACUAAGAGCACGAGUAACUUAGUAACACAUCAGAUUUACACAAUAUAAUUAAUUGCUAAUUAAGGUGAUUCAUCAGUUUGCAUUGCGCAUAUCUAAUAACAAAUCCUAGCUAAUAUAUAUGUAGUCGAACUGCAAUGUAAAGUGAUAAAGAAAGAGUAAAGGCAAAGAGAAAAACACUCCGCAUCGAUUAGGCGUGCUUCAGAGAAUAUACAAAAAUGGCAGGGCUCGCUGUGCAAGAAGACCCGUGACCCUACUUUUUAUUUUAUAUUUUUGUUCUUCUAUACGCUUUAGGCCUACAUGUCAUAUCAGAAAAUAAGAGAAAACUCACUUCUACAACUUAUAAUAUUUUACAUUUUUCGCGCAUGCUUCCCAAAAUAACAUGUCUGAGAAGAUGGGAAAAGACAUCUUUGCACCACGACAAUGCACGCCAAUGGUUUUUGAUUCGCUAAAAUACCAUGUUUUGUUGUAUAUAAAGUCACUAGACAGACAUUUUUAAUAGGAUCCUUGUUAAAAACGGUUGAGCAAUUGCGAUUGUUCCUGUAACUCGUAUAUAAAAGGGCCAAGUCUGUCAAGGUGGCGUCGUACGGGGGAAAAUAUGGCAUAUUGCACUUGUCAUAUCUUCGAAACGACUUCGGUGAUCGCAACUUUUUUUCUGUUUUUACUAUGAGAGCAUAUCAUAAACUUCACCUCUGGAAAGUUUCAGCAUAUUCUCAUUUCCAGAACAAUUACUGGUGAAUCACCUUGAUUACAGUUUUUAAUACCUUGGAACGUUUGCUGGUCACAUGGUACUUGGCUGAAAACAAAGAAGUACCAGACCGUAACAUUGGCGUACCUACGCAGUACUUAAGUCAGGGGUGGAUCCAGCAAGGUUUUUCUAGAAGGGUGCUGGGUGAGCAGCCGAUUGUUUCUUUAUAAUUCUUUAGGGGGUGGUGGGAGAGCAUUCAAAUGAAUUGGCUUCCUAACGACAUCAGCGCCGAAGGCGCAAGUUCCCUAGGGGAUCCAGGGGUAUGCCCCCUGGAAAAGUUUGAAAAUUAGAACCCUAGAAAUGCCAUUUCCUGCAAUAUGGGCAUUGAAUUAUGAGCUUCAGUUUGACUUCAAAAAAGGAAAAACCUUGGAAAUUGUGCCAUAUUUCUGACCCCCCCCCCCCCUAUAAAUCCACCCCUGCUUAAGUAUGCGCAUCCUGCUAUAGUACAGAAUGCUUAAUUAUUUUAAGUUAUUGCUUGUUGUUUUUAGGUCCUAUGGAAACAAAGAUUGGAAAAGGCCAUGUCUCUUUAAACCUCACCUUACGAAAGUAUGCUGCAUUUUACUCUAAUGUAUGACCGAUUCAAAAACUCAAAACUGGCCAACACAUUUCGCAUUAUUGUAUAUUUUUUUGCAUUGCAAGGCUAAUAAACAUUUUUUAGCUGAGAAUGCUGUUUAAAGCAAGCGAAGUUACUGUAUAGCCCUUUGAAAUGUGCAAAAGCACCAAAACGAGGCUAUAGUCAGUCUUCUUUGCUAAAUUUAGCAAAGAAUUUAAGAUUUAAUUUCUCAAAAAGAAUGCGUGGUAUUAUAAUUAUACUUUGUAAAAGUCUUGAAGUAUUUUAUGAAGCGGCAGAAAUUAUCUUGGUUGAAAUUAAUUUCGGAAGAACAAAGAAUAUUUUUCGAAUCGGCUUUUUCUCCGAUCCGAGUUCGUUUUUUCAUCUUCUGAUUUGGCAGAAAUGAACCCCAGAAUUGAAACCUUCAUGAUCAAAUCAGCUCAAUAUUUAAUGAUGUUUGAACAUCUAACAACACGUUUGAAAACUUUGUGAAGCGGAAAUUCCAUACAAACGUAUAGCAAAAAAAUAAAUCUCAAAACGCCAUACCAACAGUUUACCGUACCAAGUAAUUCAAGUAUUUGAUAGCCUGUUUUUAAUGGCAUAUGUAUUCAGUGAUUUCUUGCAUGGUAAUAAUAAAAUCUAAGUUUCCAAAACAUUUAAAAGUACACAACACGUUUGAUUUCAAUGCUGAGGUCCACUUUUGGCAAAGAUCUGUAGAUAGUGAGAUGAAAAGUUGAUGACUCAACUCGGAUCGGAGAUCACUGUAUUUUUUUUUCUUUUACCAUGAUUCAUGCACUAUCCAUGAUAAACCUUACUUUAAGGAAGGAAGGAAGGAAUGCAACAUGUAUUCAUGCACUUUACAAUUCGUUUCGUUUUAAACGUAGUAUAGACCAAUACAAACAACUUAUUUUGCCAUACACAUGUGACCUAGGACGUUCAACCUGUUUGCGAAUGUUCGCCCAUGCUGUUCAAUUGACGGUUACCCUACUGCGUACAAGGAUGUUAAUCUGGUUACUAUUCGAGAAAACACGGAAGGAGAAUACAGUGGCAUUGAACAUAUGGUAUGUACAAGUAUUUCAAUCAUCUAUUAUUAGUUGUUCAAUAAUUAUUACUACAGAUCCUAGAUGCAUGGGUUCCUGACAACAUGCAUGCAGGAACUUCACAACAUCGUCUUGUCUUGUUGUUAACGAUGACAUAUUAGGAAGCAUGAUAUUUUCUUGUGUUGGUGUAAUGUACUCAGGUGAAUAAGAUGCUUGUGGUGUUACUCUGAGUGUAUUAUCCACGCCAGGCAGGCUUGAAAAAUAUGCCUGGCCACGGUGGGAAUCGAACCUACGACCUUUGGAAUACUAGCCCAAUGCUAGUAUUCCAAUGUAAUGUGGAUAAUACACUCAGAGUAACAUCACAAGCAUCAUAUUAGGGAGCUUUAGCAACGAGUACGAGUACGAGUACGAAAUUGAUCGCGUGCGAGGAAAUCACCGUAGUCGUUCUCGUUUCCUUUCAAAUGUUGCUUUUAUAGUAGUAAACAAACAACGAAAGAAAAAUUUUCUAUAAACUAAAUCUCCAGCAGGCUAAAAUCCCCUACAAAAUGUGGAAAUAAGUCAUAAUAUUAAAAACAAGCCGGGAUUAUUUGCGCCGGAUAAACGCUACAAAUUAUUUUUGAAAAACAAAAAAAAGCCAAGUUUCUUUUUUUUUUUGAAAAGUCGUCGUGGGGACUACGAGAUUUCUCCACAAUGUCACAGAGUAGAGACAUACAGAGACGUAACUAGUGUGACCACUUUUUUUGUGCGCGUGCUCGGCAAGUUACUAGUUGCAUGCAUCUGAUUGGAUGACGACCUGAUGACGACUCACUUUAAACUUGCUGAGCACGCGCAGUUGAUCAGUUUUCGACCGGUCGCCUGAAAAAAAGUGGGUACAUGAUAACGUAAUCUUCCGCAGUGUUUACGACGGUCAGUUACGUCUCUGUAUGUCUCUACUCUGUGCCAAUGUCGUACUCAGAUGGGCGACGGCUACGACUUUUUCGCGUCAGUACGGGAUGGCUGGCGUAAGCAUACAGCAUGCGUUUCGCUUGACGAAUCUCGUACUCGUAUUCGUUGCUAAUGCUAAGGCUAUGUGCACACGGGCGUCGUUUUGCAGCGUUUUCAAAAACGUUUUUGUCCGUAAAAUCGUUUUGACGCCGUAUUCGCACAGCCCAAAGGAAAAUAUCUCGGAUAUAUUAAAUAAACUACAACUUCUGUCAUAAAUUGAUAGUGUUUGUAUCCGUUUUAGCGUGAAAACACAAAUGAAAACGCUCGAAAACGUUACCGUGUGCACAUAGUCUAAAGCUCCCUAUUUGCUAAAUUUUUUUCAAACUUGUGAGAGCUCGUUUCCUCAUUAUCCUGGAGGUUCAUAUCCGACCGCUACCUCGCACUGGCUUAGUACGUAUCUCAUUGGUUAAUGGUCCCUUAAUGGCACGGUUGCAGUAGUCGAAUAUUGAACCUCUGCUAAAAAUAUCCACAGUUCAAACAUGAAAGAUUUUCCUAAGUAUCGACCAAGAUUUUCUUUAAGCUGGAGUUUAGUUUCAUGAACAAAAACAACUCUCAUAAGAAUUGCUUGGUGUACCUUGAAAAAGACACGACCAUAGAAAUAAGUACCGCUAAGCAUACACGUAUCUGUAACAAGUGUUGUUGUUAACGAUGACAGAUUUGCAAAUUUUUUCCAACUUGUAAGAACUCGUUUUGUCAGUGUUACCUGCGAUUCUAGCUUGAGUUACGUAUGACAUUACCUCCCACUGGCUAAGUAGGCGUCUAAUUGGUUAAUCGGAUGUAUCAAACGCAUCUGAUUGGUUAAUAGUCCCUUAAUGGUAGCGGUAGUCAAAUCUGAACUUCUCUAAUAGAAAUGCAGGGAAUUGCACGAUGCGCAUAAUAAAAUAGCAAUAACCACAGAGAAAGAACGUUACACAAACAUUUAUUUCUUAUUCUUAAUCCUCUUACUAUACAAACUAAACAUCGCUAUACAUAUCACCUUUCGCCUUCGUACGAAAAAAAAACCCGUCACCACACGGGCGGCUAUUGUAGGACACAUUCACAGUACAUUGUAGGACACGUUGUCGGCUGACCGGGGCAUGCUGUAUUGCACCAGCCCGAAAACUUGUCGCCUUCUAUUGGUCUGCAUGUGCACACGGUGUCACUGCGCUUUUCCAUGUGAUUUUCUUUACCCAAAGGAGAGGCCACGGCUUCACUUCUUGGCAAGACUAUCAUCGCAUUCAUAAAAACAACGACUGCAAUCAUUGCGUAAAUCGCCAUCUUUUACCUAAAAUAUAAUUCAAACUUUACUUAAUGUUAUAAAUAUCUCAAGUCUUCAAAUAACACUGCCUAGGUCAUCUGGGUUUUUUUCCUUCUAAAGCUUGGAUGAAAUCAGGAUAAGAUUGCAUGGCAGUUGGUAGUCAUGCACGCGGCCUUGAUUAACUGUUCAGCCUGUUCUUAAUACUCUUCCAACACUUUCAUGUAAUAUUCUAUUUGAGCUAGUUGGAACACUCAUCAGACCUCUAUUUUGUGAAUCUAGAGGCCAAAAUUUCCACCUGACUGCCAACUCUGUUUAACAGGGGCUCUCAUCCUCGUUUACAAGUCGAUAUUGUCUUGUGCCGAGAUUGAUCACAGUGUGUGGCACCAUACGUUCUCUACGACCUACAUAUGCAGGCAGUUUUAUAUUUGACUUACGCAGGAAAUUUUUUUGGAUGUUACUGCCAUAUAUACGACUUAUUUCCCUUAACCUAUUGGCACGAAUAUUUGGAUUUAGUUCUACUCUACAAAAUAAUCAAUGGCUACACAUAUAUCGAUGACAGUGCGCGACCAACAAUGGCUGGUUCUGGAAAAACGAGGAACGAAACAAAUGAGAACUUAUAUAAAUUUUCAAUACCAUUUGCCAAUACGGUGACCUUCCAAACUUCUUAUUUCAUUAGAGCAUGUAAAAAUGGAACAUUUUGGGCUGUGAUCUUCGUCACAGAGAUAUUGGUCUUUUAUCAUCGUCAUAGACAUCUGUUCGUAAUAGGCAUCAAGUGCCAACUGAAGAUUGUUUUCUUGCACGUGAUGCUGUUAAACAAACACUCGAUGCUGUUCUGCAUGAUGGUUUUUAUGACGGAAUAACCAUUAGAACGUCUAGCCAAACACUUCCAACGUCUUGCGCACACUCUUUCCGACAUCACUUGUGGGAUGGCAAAACAAUAUAUGAUAUUGACCAGCAUUGAGGUUGUAGUUACCGAGGAGUGCUCCCCCCCCGGUUUUUGAAGCCGUCUGACUCGAGGCGCAACGAGCAUAGUAGUAUUAGAAUCACAGCUAAAAUAAACCUCAUGCUAAAUAUCAAGAUUUUGUUGCCAUCUCACUCUUGACGGGUAUUGUAGGAAAUUAUCGAGUGGAAAUUUAUAUACUGUACAUUUAUUAGAUCUAACCAGGAACAGUUGCGAAAAAUGCAACUUUAGGUCCCAGCAUGACAGGCGCUUGUGGUUAUAGACAGGGACGCCGGAACUGGGGGGGGGGGCAGGGGGGGGCAGCUGCCCCUCUUGCCUUUUGCUAGGGGGGCAAGGGGGGCAGAAGUGCCCUUUCAGUUGUAAAAUACUACCUGAUAAAUCACAUUUCCAGUGAUGCUUUUUCGGGCAAAAUCAUGAGAUUCAGGUAAUUUAUAGGCCCAGAGAAAGUUAAUUUACAAAAAUAAGUGUGAAUUUGGAAAAGAAUGAGAUUAAUUUACAAAAAUUUUAUUUUUGGAUAAAUGGAGAAAAUUGCUGAUGUCCGGAAAAAUUUUUUUUACGUAUAAACGAAAAAUUUUGAUAUGUCCGGAAAAAAAUUUUGAUCCUAAAAUGGUACACUGACCGAAUUUUUUUUGGCGACGGGGGGGGGAAGUUGCCCAGAAAAAUUUCAUGUAAACAAAAAAUUUUCAGGUAAAUUUCGAAUUUUUGAUCUGUAGAGGUGCCCUAUGGUGUGCGUCUGCCCCCCUUUGCCUUUUUAUCGUUCCGGUGUCCCUGGUUAUAGAGCUCGACAACUUGCCUCUGUAGCUCAGUUGGUUACAGCGCUACACAGGAACCUAAAGUUGUAUUUUGUGCAGCUGUUUCUGAUUAUAAUAUGCUUGUGAUGUUACUCUGAGUGUAUAUCCACACCGGGCAGGCUUGAAAAAUAUGCCUGGCCACGGUGGGAAUCGAACCUACGACCUUUGGAAUACUAGCCCAAUGCUCUGCCAACUGAGCUACGCGGUCAGGUCGGUUCGAGUAUGUGAUAUUUCGGAACUGAGUCUAUAGUUCCUUCGAUAUCAGUGUGUCACUAAUCUAAUAAUCAUGAUAUUUGCUGUGUUGGUGUAAUGUACUCAGGUGAAUAAGAUGCUUGUGAUGUUACUCUGAGUGUAUAUCCACACCGGGCAAGCUUGAAAAAUAUGCCUGGCCACGGUGGGAAUCGAACCUACGAUCUUUGGAAUACUAGCCCAAUAGUUCUAAUCAAUGUAUAUGAAUUAAAAUGGCAUCUCAUACGAAAAAAUCACAACCGGCUUAAAGUGAGGUGAUUCAGUUCUAGGACUGGAUCAAAUUAGGUAUCCAGUAUUAUCAUGUGAGGAAGUAAUUGGUUGGCUAAUUUACUCAUGAAUUGAUCAUUUAGGUUGUGGAUGGCGUCGUUCAAAGUAUUAAACUGAUCACGAAGCAGGCGUCUUCAAGAGUGGCUGAGUAUGCGUUUAGUUAUGCGAGAGCUAACAACAGACACACAGUGACCGCUGUACACAAAGCGAAUAUCAUGUAAGUUGAAAUUUGCUGCUUCACAUUGGGCAUAUAGGGCAAUUUGAUUUAUUUCUGCAGCUAGAUUUCUGCCAUUACAUAAUGGUCAACGACCAGUUCUCAGAGUAAGAAAAUACAGUGUGUAUAAUCCAACUUUGACAAGUUAUCAUGUGUUAUUACGUAUAUAGGUUUUACAUUAUUACGUAUAUAGGUUUUGUUUUCGAUAAAAUACAAAACAAUAGUCAUCAUCAAGAAAUGAAUGAUGAACAUAUUACAUAUGUAACAUCAUCAUCAUUCAUUUCCUGAUGAUGACUAUAGUUCAGUCGAAACGUCGAAAUAAAUUUUAAAAAUGUUUUCAAUUUUCGGAUUAUCUAUUGUUUUGUAUUUUAUCAAAAUACUCAGUUGUUCCCGUAAUUUUUGUUUUUGUAUUUAUAAAGAUCAGGCUUGUAGCUGUGAAAUGAAAUCUUUAUGGAAUCAUUGCGAUACAAAUGCGAGUUCAGUCUGCAAACGUCCAGUUGUGUAAAAUAUUUUAAUCACACAAUAGAACGUUUGCACACGACGUCACAGCCGCCAUGUUGGUCUUCCAAAUUCAAAAUAACCAACGUCAUCAACAUGACCGCCAUGGCUUUUGUUGAGUUGGUCUAUUUCGAUGCAAAAUUGCGAGUAGAAAUUUACCAAAACUUGAUGCUUACACCUGCGUUGCACCAUCUUGAUUUAAGCGACUUAAAUUUGAAUUCCAAGUGAGAAUAAUUUCAAUACUCGGACAAUAACUUUAUACACGCAAUUCCCAACGGUGGAAAAAUGCAAUUUCGAGCGGUAUUUUUAAUGUAUUUGUCUAUUUUUGAUCGCAAUGAUAUAUGCAAGAAAUGUAUCAUUCGACAGCUAAAAGCCUGAGCUUUAUUUAUUGUUAUGAAAAAUUAAAUGGUUAAAUGUAAUAUGCAAAUCACGAUAAGAAAACAUGUCAAAGUUGGAUUAUAUAUGUACCUUUUUUAUACUCCCUGCUACCUCCUCCGCAGGCCUUUCAAAAAUACAGGGAGGCGAAAACAAGCCUUCGUCUUAGAUUUCAAAUUUAACCUGCGACGGGCAUACGCAUUACGAGCUGUAUAGCCUGCGGAGGAGGUAGUACACCCUGUAUAUCGUAUUCUUACAGGCGUUUGCAUGGUAGCUAAGAAAUGAGAGACGUAAUUUCAUUGUCUUGCUCUAAACGUCAACAGUUCUAAACUUGAUCUAAACCCUGAAAACCACCAAUAUGAAAGUUUGGUGUUUCUGGUCUUUUUAGCUUUGAAUUCUUUCGUUAUAAACAGGAGAAAAUCUGAUGGACUGUUUCUCCAAUGUUGUCGUGAAGUCGCUGAGAAAUACAAAGACCUCAGAUAUCAGGAGACCUAUCUUGAUACGACUUGCUUGAACGUAAGGGAUAAUUGCUUUUAAUAUUUUAGGUUAUGGCUUUGCAAGAAUAAGUUUAAAUGUUCUGUUUGCAGAUUGUGAAAGACCCAAGUCAGUUUGACGUAUUGGUCAUGCCAAACUUGUAUGGUGAUAUUUUGAGGCAAGUCACCGAGCUCCUUACCAGGCCCUUCCUAAAAUUUUGAUAUGAAAGACAGCAUUGUGAAAACUAAAUCAUAAUGAAUGAAUACGAAGGUUGGGAAACUCGAUGCAGACCUAAUAGACUUCAUUAUCUGUGUUUAUGCAAAAACUGUCGGUUCAUUGUCACGUGUGCAUUGUUUUUUUACCCAAACAACCAAUAGCAGUGUGUUGAAUGUUGGUUUAAGUACCCAGCUGAAUGAAAACAUAGCUCUGGUGAAAAUACAAGUCUCGCGUGACGAUGAACCGACCAUUUUUUGCAUAAACCGGGACAAAAACAUAGAUAAUGGGUCUAGUAUUUCUGCAUCGAGUUCCCUAACCUUAUUCUAAUGAAUUAUAGGUAAAACGAAUCUUAAUCUAAAUUCCGGCCGCAAGUAUAUCGAGCUAAAUGUACAGGUCACUAUUUUUUCAACUUUGUUGUUUGCGAGCUAUUUCCAUACGAAAUAUAACAUUCUUGAAACCAGACUCUGAAAGCUGACAUGUGACGUCGAGGUAUUUGAUGUUAUAGAACAACACAAAUGCACAAUAUACUUCUAGAAUGCGAUCCAGCCUAGACCUAGGCCUUCUAUUUUUAUUUAUAUUUUUUUAAUAUUCAGCGCUUUUUCACAUGAAAAGACUGGGACUAGGUAAUUUGGGGGCGGGGCGGAGGAAGGACACAAGCCUGACGCAAGCGAAAAUAUAGAAGGCCUAGUGGAUUUCCCAACAACAAGGCCAAAACUGCCCUGAUUGCGAAAUGCCCAAUUGUUGCAUUCUCAAACAGAAUUAUUUGCAACUUAACAGCGAAUUUAAACCGAUACAGGUAAAAUAAACUCAUUUAUAGUAUAAACUUACUAUUUUUAUUUGUAUACACGUCUAGAAAAUCGGGUUUUUUAUCAUAAAGUUUGAAACAACACUAUUUAUAUAUGUUGACAAGGUGUAGCGAAACGGCACAAAAUAAUAAUUCUUUUAUUCGCAAGACAAUCUACUGUUUUGCUUUGAAUAACUAUAUUUGCGAAUUGGGAAUGAGGAAUUUGAAAUUAGUGUUCAAAUAUUACAGAUAUACCAUUUGUAUAAACAAUGUACGUUUUUAUAUACAGUACUGUACGGGCUAAUAAUAUAUGUAUCCGUUUUAUUUUGUAUAUUUUACAAACACAAGACUGCUUCUUGCCAAAAUUGAGAAAAUAUAUAUUAAUGUACUUGUGUAUAAGACAAAAUUUCAUGAAAGAUUCUACUUUUGGUAUAUAUUUUGACUCAUUUUGUGCUUUCGCUACACCUUGUCAACAUAUUAAAUAAUAGUGUUGCUUCGAACUUUAUGAUAAAAAACCGAUUUUCUAGACGUGUAUACAAAUAAAAAUAGUAAGUUUAUACUAUAAAUGAGUUUAUUUUACCUGUAUCGGUUUAAAUUCGCCGUUAAGUUGCAAAUAAUUCUGUUUGAGAACGCAAUAAUUGGGCAUUUCGCAACCAGGGCAGUUUCAGGGCAGUUUUGGCCUUGUUGUUGGGAAAUCAACUAGGCCUUCUAGGCUUGGUUCCUCCGCCCCGCCCCCAAAUCACCUAGUCCCAGUCUUUUGAUGUGAAAAACCGCUGAAUACUAAAAAAUAUAAAUAAGACUAGAAGGCCUAGGUCUAGGCUGAAUGCGAUCAUAAUAUACAGUACUUAAUCUGAUAACUCAUUAGCAUUUUGGGACGUAGAAACCAUGAUUUAACAAAUAUAAAACAUUUUCCGUGUUGAUAUACAGUUAUAUCAACACGAGUGGAAUUGGGAAAACGAGAAAUUGUAUGGAAACACGACACCCGAAGGGAGGAGUGUUUUCAUACAAUUUCGAGUUUUCCCAACUUCCACGAGUGUUGAUAUAACUAUAUAUCAAUACGGAAAAAAUGUUUUAUAUUUUUUUUAUAAUAUAGCAAUGUCAAAAGCCCGAAGGAUAAGAAAAAUUUCCGUGUUUACAAGCGGCGGAAAAUUUCCCGUGUUGACAUUGAGUUAUAUCAACACGGCUCUUAGCCAAUCAGCGUUCAGAAUUAACAAAUACUAUAUUAUAAAUACGUAUAUCAAACUAGCGAAACAACUGAACGAAAAACUGCAAAAGAAGUUACUCUAUAAGAAAUAAGAAAAAUUUUCGUUUCAUAUUUACGUAAAGUUAAUCGUAGUUUUGUCAUAUGACUUAUUUCUUUACUUGUUACAGUGAUCUUUGUGCUGGGUUAAUCGGUGGCUUGGGUGUCACGCCAAGUGGUAACAUUGGGGAAGAUGGAGUAGCCAUAUUUGAGUCGGUAUGUUUAUGACACGCUUUAUGUUAUAACAAUAAAAACAAGCUUUCUUUGGUAGGGAUGCGACUACCUGAAAAAUAUAAGUAGAAUUUCGACGUUUCGAGCGAAGGCCCUUCGUGUGGAGUCACUAUAGACGAAGGGCCUUCCCUUGAAAAGUCGAAAUUCUCCUUAUAUUUUUGAAGUAGUUGCAUCCCUAUCAGGGCCGCCGAGAGGUUGGCAGGAGCCCGGGGCAAAUUUUUUUUGGGGGCCCCCCUAUCAAAAAAAUAUUUCCGGAAAAAAAUUUUCCGGACAACAACCUCCCCCCCCGUCGCCAAAAUAUUUUCGGUCAGUAUACCAUUUUAGGGGUAAAAAAUUUUUCCGGACGAGUACGUUGCAAUUGCUUUCCAGGGACUUUAUCUCAUUUUUUAUGCCAAAUUUCGGUACUUAGCCCAAGAAAACAGAUAUCUUGUCCCUUGCGCGGAAAUAUUUAACACACAAAAAAGACUGGGGCCCAACAAAAAUUUUUCAGGGGCCCCCAGCACCUCGGGGCCCGGGGCAAUUUCCCCCCCCCUCUGCGGCCCUGAUCCCUACCAAAGAAAGCAAGUUUAUAGUGUCGGCACUACCUACACUGGCACAGACAGUUCAUUACUAUAACAAUAUCAUUUCUUGAGCUACUAUAUAGCAAAAUGUUCACAUAUUUGCAGGAUUGUAGUUUAAAACUCGUAUACUACCACUGUCUGCCUCCCUAUAGGUACACGGCACAGCUCCAGACAUCGCAGGUGAAGAUAAGGCGAAUCCCACGGCGUUGUUAUUGAGCGCUGUAAUGAUGUUACGUCAUAUGAACCUUGGUGACCACGCCAACCUUAUUGAACAUGCCACACUCGCCACUAUCAGAGAGGGAAAGGUAGGAGAUGUACGCCUGUAUUCUAAGAGCUCCCUCACGCUCACACUCCGAGAGUGGAGGUUCAAUCUGAGCUUUCCUUGAGUGUACUGUAAGUGCAGUUUGUAAACUACACUGACACUCAAGGGGAGCUCAGAUUGAACCUCCACUCUUUGAGUGUGAGUCGUUAGUGUUCAUGACGCAAUGCCCUUCACUUCUGUGACCAAGGAUUGGUAUACUGUAUAGUGUAGCAGAUUGGUGGCAAAAUUGUGCAUUUGUGCAUCAGGACAUUUUUUUGCUAUGGAGGCAUUACAGAUUAGCUCCUGGUUACCAUUUAUACCUAUCAAAGUACAAUCUUAUAUAAAAAAGUGAAAUUUCAAAGUUCACUUUUAGCAAAUAUCAUGGCCCUAUAUCGUUAGUACGUUAAAUUCAACAUGUAGCACGGUUUUCUAAGCCUAUCCCAAGUUAUGAACAGUCAAAAACCAUAAAAUGGUACAAAAAGGGUUAAAAGGUCACACAAUACUGAUUUUUAGUAGGUUCAAACUUAUAUGACUGCCAUUGUCUUCUAAUAGUUAAAUGAGAACGUUUUCAAAUAAAUAAUGCGUUCUUAAAUGUUGAACUAGGUCCGCACAGGAGAUCUCGGUGGCGAUGCCAGCUGUUCUGCAUUUACUGAAGAAAUUUGCAACAACUUAAAAAGAUGAUAAACAGCGAAAGAACACUCUGUCACAGUGUAAGAUCUUAUAUGUACACGCUCAAGCUAUUACUUGCAAAUAAUAUUGUUGACUUUUUAUUCACGUAGAAAGACACAGCGGAUAGCUUGAGUCAAAACAUUGCAAGUAAGUCAGCAAAUGAUAUACAGCUAUAUUUAAAGGUGAAAGAACAGAAGUAUAAUUGAGCUGUAAAUAUUUUAUGUGGAAAGAAAUGAAUAAACAUGACCACAAUGUUGAUAGUAUGGUACAGUAUCUUACAUUGUAGAGGUUGAUUACGGGGGUACUGGACAAAUACGAAAAGUAGUUUACGUUUUACAGCAUGCUAAAAUGCAGUAUUAUACACUCUCCAGGGGGGAGCUUAAACGUUUUUGCCCGACUUUUUGUGAAAUCUUGUAUGGAAAUGACCUGAAUAUAUUUUGUAAAACACUCGCCCGAAUAUUCUUCAUUUUUCUAGCAUUUGCGCAGAGCAGUACCCCACCCCCUUGCUUGUAUUUUACUCCAACAAAGAAUUAUUUUCUUUUACCAUAAUAUCUCAUUCAUACAGUAUAUAUUUCUGUAUCUUUAGUUUUUACCUUCUGUAUGUUAGUAUAAAGUUUUUAUCUUAUCUACAUCUUGAAGAUUUAGCUGUCAUGCCAACCCACUUAUGAGUUCAAACUAUCAACGUAUUUUCAAUCUUCUCCGGUAGUUCAGACGCAAACCACGACAGCUUAGUUGGUUUUUUUUGAAAACUACUUAGACUGGACUCCCACGUUAGCGAUAACGGCAGAUUAUUGUGGAAUACUAUACCUACACAGAGCGCCCACAUUUGAGAUAUCUUUUUUAGGUCGUUGCAUGCUUCUGAGUUCUGCCGCCCCUGUCUAAGUUAGCUUCAAAAAUUAUAUCACCAACAACACGAAUAUACUAAAGUCUGCUUUCAAUAUGGUCGUAAAUGUCGCGAAUGUGUUGUAACUGUCGUCAGAGAAGUGUUCGCGACCAAAUGGGAACAUGAAGAAAAGUCUUGUUGCGACACGCUUGUAACAGUUCACGACAGUUACAACUGCGUCGUCGAGAUAGACUCGAGUUCUAUCCAAGGGCGUCAAUCUAUCCCAAAAAGUGGAGGGGACAGACUCCAAAGGCAUUCCCAUGCAGCGUUUUGGAGGCACUUAUAAAGUUAUAUUAUAAUGUCCAUGAUCUUAAAUCCAUGUUUAACUAUGUGAGAAAUCCGCUAAAAACCAACAUGUCCUAGCCUGUGAACAGACGUUACUCUCGACGAAGCCUAACAUGUCCUCACCGGCUCACCCUUAUUUUAAUGCGAAUAAUACUAUUAAAUUAACCAUUUUCCUUAUUUUGAGGAUAAUCGUCUAUGUAAGGGAAACUCAGUUAAAACGCAAUUAUUUUUAAGUAUUUACAAUUUUACAUAAUAUAUGCGAUCAUGUCAGUAUUUGCUCCAAGCGACUACAGAAAGAUAAUACGUUCUGCUGCUUCUUAUUAAAUAUCUUCCUUUCAAUCACAUUAGGUUUUUAGAUAACCAAGAAGCAAAAUUUCGUUAAACAUGUCAAAAAAGUGGGUGGGGGGAUAAUUAGAUAUUCGUCCCCCAUUCCAAAAACUGGGGGGACGCGUCCACUCCAUAUCACAAACCCACCUCCCAGGAUUGACGCCCAUGGUUCUAUCUCGACGACAGUUGCGACAGGGUGGGAAAGGGUAUUUUCGUGAGCCGUGAAUGUUGAAUAUUUGUUCGUGUGACUUGUGAAAUGCUUGAUUUUAGUGUCGUGAAAUGUGAUUUGUUCUACAGCCGUGAGGCGUGAUUGUUGAUAAAAAUGCUCCGUGAAAUGAGAAUUAAGGAUGCCUGUUUCGUGAACUGUGAUUAUUAUAGUGAUUAUUAUAAUAAACAUGAUACGCGAUAAUCAAAUUUAUAUGAUCUCAAAUUUAUAUGAUCUCGGCGGCACGCGCGCCAUCAUGGCGUUCAGUCGGGGAUUUUUGUGCUCCCGCAAUUUAUUAAUAAUUUUGUAUAUUUAUUUGAUUUUGAAUGGUUCAAUUGUCAAAAAGCAAAGGGAGAAAUGUUUAUCUUGUACCAGUUCAAUUUUAUACGUCUCAGAAUUACUCGCUUGCUCAAGACCUGUCUAUAAUGGAAAUAUGCGAAGAAAAACCGUUAAACAUAAACCGUUAGGAAACUCGAUGUACUUCCUCCUUGGAUCAAGAUUGUUUAUAAACACUUCUAUUGCUAUCAUUCUUCUACGUUUAACUGGUGAUAUUGAAAGUAAUCCUGGUCCUGUGUUUGAAAUCCCUGGUUGUUUAAAAAGGGGGCUCAAAGUAAGUCAUCUUAAUGUACGAAGUUUACUUCCGAAGAUUGAUUUGGUACGCAUGUUUAUCAGCAAGAAUCCAUUUGAUGUUUUUACCUUAUCUGAAACUUGGCUUAAACCUACAGCUACUGAUGCAGAAAUUAACAUACCAAACUAUCUAAUUACUCGUCAAGACCGUAAAGAUAAAGCUGGUGGCGGGACAGCUAUUUAUGUCAAGGAGAGUUUACCAUAUCGAACACGUGAUGAUUUAUGUAGUAAAACAAUUGAAACAUGUUGGAUUGAGAUUAUACGACCUCGUACGAAAUCAAUGUUUAUUUGCUCGGCCUAUAGACCGCCAGAACUUCCACUAAGUAAAUUUAUUGAGGAACUAAACAAAGAACUUGCCAAAAUUCCAGAAAACGCAGAAAUUGUUUUAUUGGGUGAUUUCAAUGUCGACUACAAACAACGCUCAACGGAUAGAUCGCGCAUGCAAACACUUGCGCGAGCUCACUCGAUCGAACAAAUCGUUAUGUCACCAACAAGAAUUACGGAAAAAACGCAAUCAAUGAUUGAUUUGAUUUUUGUGAACAAUAAUCCACGCGUUGUUUCUAGCGGAGUUUUCCCUUUGUCAAUCAGCGAUCAUUCCCUUAUAUACUGCACAAUUAAAGCUGGACUUCCUAAAUCUGGCGGAUGUUAUAGGGACAUUAAUUAUCGUUGCUACAAACAUUACAAUGAAGGCAAAUUUAGAGACGAUGUAGGAAAAUCAGAUUGGACUUUCAUUGACUCGUUAAAUGAUAUUAAUGAAAUUACCAAUAAGUUUUGCGAAACAUUUUGUGAAUCGGCCAAUAAGCACGCCCCUAUGAAAACCAAGAGAGUAAAAUCUAUCGUAAGAGCACCAUGGAUGACCCCUGAACUUCUUAACCUCAUGCGAGAACGCGAUUUUCAUUUAAAACAUGCCCAAAAGUAUAAUUCAGAAUACCACUGGAAUACCUACCGCGAUCUUAAGAAUUUCAUAAACCAGCAAGUUAAGAUAUGUAAAUCCAACUACUAUCAAAAUCUGAUCAAUGACAACAGAGAUAAACCUGCUGAACUUUGGAAAACAAUUAAUGAAGUCACUUCUCGCAAUCCAACUAAAACCACUCCUUCCUGUAUUAUCAGUGAAAACGUCCCGGUAAACGACCCACGUUCCAUCGCAACAAUCAUGAACGACUAUUUCUCAUCUAUAGGAUCCACGCUUGCGAACAAAAUUAAAGAUCUAAUCAAACCCAAACCGACUAAGACCACCGCUACAUCACCCCAUUCCUUUAAUUUCAAAGAAGUUGAUGAAGUGUCUGUGUUGCAGGAACUGAGUAAAUUAAGAACUACCAAAGCCACUGGUCUGGACGGAAUUAGUGCUAAACUACUUAGAGAUUCCGCCUAUAUAAUCGCACCAUAUUUGACCAAAAUUUUCAACCUCUCCUUACGCUGUGGCUCAUUUCCCGACAUCUGGAAGAAAGGUAGAGUUACUCCAAUUUUCAAAUCUGGAGACCCAACUUCAUCCAACAACUACCGACCAAUCACCAUCCUACCAACCUUGAGUAAGUUACUAGAACGAAUCGUCCACCAUCAAGUUUACAAUUACCUGCAAGAACACAAGUUACUAGCUUCCCAACAAUUCGGUUUUCGCUCCAAACUGUCAACCACCAUUGCUCUGGCACAUUUUACUGAGCAGAUACUGGAUAAUCUCGAUCACAGAAAAAUCACUGGUGCCGUCUCUAUCGACCUAAGGAAAGCUUUUGAUACCGUAGACCAUACCAUCUUAUUGGAGAAAUUGAAAACAAUCGGUUUUACCUCGUCUGUUCUCGACUGGUUCUGCUCGUAUCUAUCAAACCGUACCCAAGUAACCGUGAUCAACAGUUCAAUGUCGCAACCCAAGCCAGUAACUGUCGGAGUCCCUCAGGGAAGUAUUCUUGGACCACUUCUCUUCCUUAUUUAUAUUAAUGAUCUACCUGAAUGCUUGACCCACUGCAAGUCGAUACUUUAUGCCGAUGAUACACUCCUUUAUUACUCUGCAGAAAGUAUUUCCGAUCUACAGUCAAAACUCAACUCCGACCUACGAUCCCUUUCUGGUUAUCUUAACAACAACCUCCUUACACUCAAUCAUGACAAGACAAAGUUCAUCAUUUUCGCCGGUAGACAACGCCUAAGAUCCAUCUCCAACAUCAACAUCUCUAUUUGCAAUCGGACGAUAAAACAAGAUCAAUCGUUGAAAUAUCUGGGCAUCACAAUUACCGAGAACCUUACCUGGCAUGAACAUAUUGAGAAAUUAAUGGGGAAAAUCAACCAAAGAUUGGGAUUGCUGCGCCGUGUGAAAUCUUUCUUACCGCUGGAUGCAAGACAGAUUUUCUAUACUUCGACAAUACUACCGCUAUUUGACUAUGCCGAUGUAAUUUGGGGCGAUAAAAACAAUUCAGCACUCAUGAACUCCUUGCAAAGUUUGGAAAAUAAAGCAGCUAAAUUAAUACUAGAUCUCCCUCCUCUUUCGUCGGCAACCGAAGCUCUCGCUACAUUACACUGGUCAACUCACUCAUCUCGCAGAUAUAAACAUCGUUGUAUCUUUAUCUACAAAUGCACUAACGGACUGAUAGAUUUCGACUUCAAUCUCACAACUAACAGCAGAAUCCAUUCCCACAGUACAAGAUCGUGUAACAACCUCCAUCUCCCAAAAGUCAACACCAACUGGGGCAAACAUAAACCAACCUACUUCGCUUCGAAAGACUUUAACAACUUGGACGUUUCCGUCAGAAACAUUGAUUUUUUGAGUCAAUUUAAGUCUUUACUAAGGUCACAUACCAUACCAUACCAUAUAACUAUUCUUAGCUGUACUUACUAGAUAUAGUUAAUUAUUCGUUUCCUUAUGUCGUCACGUUGUAUAUUAAUUGUAUAUAUUUAUAUAAGUAAAUUUUGUUAAUGAUUGUAUCAUGCAGGACCCCACUGAAAAACACAUUAGUGAUGUGGGUAUCCUGGAUAAAUAUAAUUAUAAAUAAAUCUCACUUGACUGCACAAGAGAAAAAACUUCGGAGGCAUUUCCCGAGGUUCCUGACGCUUAGGACAAGGUUCCUGACGCUGAGGGCAAGGUUACUGACGCUGAGGACAAGGUUCCUAGCAGUGAGGACAAGGUUCCUGGCGGUGAGGACAAGGUUCCUGGUCGUGAGGACAAGGUUCCUGCCGGUGAGGACAAGGUUCCUGGCGGUGAGUACAAGGUAACUGGCGGUGAGGACAAGGUGCCUGGCGGUGAGGGUAAGGUUCCUGGCGGUGAGGACAAGGUUCCUGGCGGUGAGGACAAGGUUCCUGGCGGUGAGGACAAGGUUCCUGGCGGUGAGGACAAGGUUCCUGGCGGUGAGGACAAGGUUCCUGGCGGUGAGGACAAGGCUCCUGGCGGUGAGGACAAGGUUCCUGGUGGUGAGGACAAGGUUCCUGGCGGUGAGGACAAGGUUCCUAGCAGUGAGGACAAGGUUUCUGGCAGUGAGGACAAGGUUCCUGGCGGUGAGGACAAGGUUCCUGCCGGUUAGGACAAGGUUCCUGCCGGUAAGGACAAGAUAACUGGCGGAGAGGACAAGGUUCCUGCCGGUGAGGACAAGGUUCCUCGCGGUGAGGACAAGGUAACUGGCGGUGAGGACAAGGUACCUGGCGGUGAGCAUAAGGUUCCUGGCGGUGAGCACAAGGUUCCUGGCGGUGAGCACAAGGUUCCUGGCGGUGAGGACAAGGUUCCUGGAGGUGAGGACAAGGCUCCUGGCGGUGAGGACAAGGUUCCUGGUGGUGAGCACAAGGUUCCUGGCGGUGAGCACAAGGUUCCUGGUGGUGAGGACAACGUUCCUGCCGGUGAGGACAAGGUACCUGCCGGUGAGAACAAGGUUUCUGCAGGUGAGGACAAGGUUCCUGCAGGUGAGGACAAGGUUCCUGGCGUUGAGGACAAGGUUCCUGGCGUUGAGGAAAAGGUUCCUGGCGGUGAGGACAAGGUUCCUGGCGGUGAGGACAAGGUUCGUGGCGUUGAGGACAAGGUUCCUGGCGGUGAGGACAAGGUUUCUGGCGGUGAGGGCAAGGCUCCUGGCGGUGAGGACAACGUUCCUGGCGGUGAGGACAAGGUUCCUGGUCGUGAGGACAAGGUUCCUGCCGGUGAGGACAAGGUUCGUGGCGGUGAGGACAAGGUUCCUGGUGGUGAGAACAAGGUUCCUCGCAGUGAGGACAAGGUUCCUGGCGGUGAGGACAAGGUUCCUGGCGGUGAGGACAAGGUUCCUGGCGGUGAGGACAAGGUUCCUGGCGGUGAGGACAAGGUUCCUGCCGGUGAGGACAAGUUCCUGGCAGUGAGGACAACGUUCCUGGCGGUCAGGACAAGGUUCCUGGCGGUGAGGACAAGGUACCUGGCGGUGAGGACAAGGCUCCUGGCAGUGAGGACAAGGCUCCUGGUGGUGAGGACAAGGUUCCUGGUGGUGAGGACAACGUUCCUGGCGGUGAGGACAAGGUUCCUGGCGGUGAGGACAAAGCUCCUAGCAGUGAGGACAAGCUUUCUGGCAGUGAGGACAAGGUUCCUGGCGGUGAGGACAAGAUUUCUGGUCGUGAGGACAAGGUUCCUGCCGGAGAGUACAAGGUUCCUGCCGGUGAGUACAAGGUUCCUGGCGGUGAGGAAAAGGCUCCUGCCGGUGAGGACAAGGUUCCUGGCGGUGAGCACAAGCUAACUGUCGGUGAGGACAAGGUUCCUGGCGGUGAGGACAAGGUACCUGGUGGUGAGGACAAGGUACCUGGUGGUGAGGACAAGGUUCCUGGCAGUAAGCACAAGGUUCGUGGCGGUGAGCACAAGGUUCCUGGCGGUGAGCACAAGGUUCCUGGCGGUGAGGACAAGGUUCCUGGCGUUGAGGACAAGGUUCCUGGCGUUGAGAACAUCGCUCCUGGCGGUGAGGACAAGGCUCCUGGCGGUGAGGACAAGGUUCCUGGUGGUGAGGGCAAGGUUCCUGGCGGUGAGCACAAGGUUCCUGGCGAUGAGGACAAGGUUCCUGGCGGUGAGGACAAGGUUCGUGGCGGUGAGGACAAGUUUCCUGGCGGUGAGGACAAGGCAACUGGCGGUGAGGACAAGGUUCCUGGUGGUGAGGACAAGGUUCCUGGCAGUGAGCACAAGGUUCCUGGCGGUGAGCACAAGGUUCUUGGCGAUGAGCACAAGGUUCCUGGCGGUGAGGACAAGGUUCCUGGCGUUGGGGACAAGGUUCCUGGCAUUAAGAAACAAGGCUCCUGCCGGUGAGGACAAGGUUCCUGGCGGUGAGGACAAGGUUCCUGGUGGUGAGGACAAGCCUCCUGGUGGUGAGGAUAAGGCUCCUGGCGAAGAGGACAAGGUUCCUGGUGGUGAGGACAAGGUUCCUGGCGUGAGGACAAGGUAACUGGCGGUGAGGAUAAGGUUCCUGCCGGUGAGGACAAGGUUUCUGGCAGUGAGGACAAGGUUCCUGGCGGUGAGGACAAGUUUCCUGGUGGUGAGGACAAGGUUCCUGGCGGUGAGGACAAGGUUCCUGGUCGCGAGGAUAAGGUUCCUGCCAGUGAGGACAAGGUUCCUGGCGGUGAGAACAAGGUUCCUGGCGGUGAGCACAAGGUUCCUGGCGGUGAGGAGAACGUUCCUGGCGCUGAGGACAAGGGUCCUGGCGGUGAGGACAAGGUUCCUGGCGUUGAGGACAUGGUUCCUGUUGGUGAGGACAAGGCUCCUGGUGGUGAGGACAAGGCUCCUGGCGGUGAGGACAAGGUUCCUGGUGGUGAGGACAAGGUUCCUGGCGGUGAGGACAAGGUUCCUGGCGGUGAGGACAAAGUUCCUAGCAGUGAGGACAAGGUUUCUGGCAGUGAGGACAAGGUUCCUGGUGGUGAGGACAAGGCUCCUGGUCGUGAGAACAAGGUUCCUGCCGGUGAGGAGAAGGUUCCUGGCGGUGAGGACAAGGUUCCUGGCGGUGAGGACAAGGUUCCUGGCGGUGAGGACAAGGUUCCUGGCGGUGAGGACAAGGUUCCUGGCGGUGAGGACAAGGUUCCUGGUGGUGAGGACAAGGUUCCUGGCGGUGUGGACAAGGUUCCUGCAGGUGAGGACAAUGUUCGUGGCGGUGAGGACAAGGUUCCUGCCGGUGAGGACAAGGCUCCUGGCGGUGUGGACAAGGUUUCUGCUGGUGAGGACAAGGUUCCUGGCGGUGAGGACAAGGUUCCUGGCGGUGAGGACAAGGUUCCGGGCGGUGAGGAGAAGGUUCCUCGCGCUGAGGACAAGGUUCCAAGCGGUGAGGACAAGGUUCCUAGCGCUGAGGAAAGGUUUUUGGCGUUGAGUACAAAGUUCCUGGCGGUGGGGACAAG